GUUUCCUGUGUAUCUCUUCGUCAAUACCUUUUGCAACACUAUCUCGCACUCACAGGUAGACUGUGGAGACCUGCAGCCGGUGAGAGCGGCGUAGAUCCAGAGAGCAGAAAGCAGGAGUAUGAACCUCGUAUGGUCAAUUAGGUUCGACUUCGGUGCACUCGCUCCUUCCUCCAACAGGACGUUCGGUCAAAGCAGUCAAACCCUCAAAGACGUUUCUGGACCACCACCCGGGCUGCUACCUUCGAUUCGGGAACACACUCCGUUCGAUAUGGUACUUCAGAACCUCGCGACGAUGGCUCAGACUGAAUGCCUCGACGGAUGUCUUCGACACGUGUCUUCUUCUCCCUUUCCACUCGACAAUCACAUUGUCCAAGCUUCGGGCAACAACAGCGGUACAAAUACGACUCAUCAAGAUCUCAUUGAUCUCUUCGCCUCACCGGAACCACCCCCUGGUCACAAGACGACCAACGAGACUCACUGGGCAGUUGAUCCUUCCCCGUAUAGUUUGUCUCAGCUCACACCAACAAAGCUUCACCAGAACAUGUCGAGUGAUCACGAGGACCCGAACCUCAUCUCACCAAGGGGCGUGGAGUAUAGCCCAAGAUAUCUGGACUCUUACUCGUCCCCUUGCGUCGCAUCAAAGAACAACUCCCUGCAUGUUGAGGAAGAACCAUACGUUCCUCCGUCCGCCAGGCUUACAGCCAUUCACACGAUGCUCGAUAAGCACGCCACCAGUCCGGAAACGAGGAUGGAAACUGCAAUCUCCAAAAUGCUAGGCAUUCAAACAACCGCUCUCGAAGAAAAGCUCGGCCUCAUCGUGCAAAACCAAGCCCGACAACAAGAGCAGCUAGACCUGUUAAUACAGACGGUCGCCCGCAUACGAGGUCUCAGCAACCAGGUCGAAUGUCUGAAUCAGACGCACGCGGAACAGACACCGAGGCUGGAGAACAUGGAACUUCCUGGACUAGACGAGCCUCUCUUUGAGAAGUCUCUGGAACACAGCGUCUCAAGAUCAGACCUCUUGUCAGUCGUGAGGAAAGAUUCGGAGAAUUCGCCUCUUCAAUCAUGCAUCGAUCCCAAGGCGAUCGAAGAGAAGCAUCGGUUCGUGAGCGACUCACUGCCUGACAUCGAGGAUCGGGUGACUGCGGGAUCAUCGGCAAAAGUAACCACCGAGAUCGAGCCUGACGAGCGCGGUGCGGCAGCAGCAAAUAAUGAAACUCAAUCUAGGCGACUUGCCAUGGCUCCACCUGCACGGUUGAAUAGCCCUUGCAAUACGUUUACACCCAGAUCCCUUCACGCCUCGAGCACACGAUCAUAUACGAUUUCUUCUCGCGCGGGCUCGAUCUUCUCUGCUGUCUCACGCUCGCAACGUAUGUCGACCAGGUCCAGCAUCGGCGCAGCAAAGGAGAGAUCACAGCAGGGAGCAGGAGGGGAUACUCACAUCUCGCACAAAGCCUCCAAGAUCACUGCAAAGCCAUCUCAAACCGCUGAGACCACUCACAGUGCCAAGCGUCGACGGACUCUAGCACCAAAGCUGAAGCUGAAUGGGAGGAGACUGGCAGAAAGCGAUGGGAAGGCUCGAGGCCAGGGUAUCUGGCCGAAGAAAGGAACCAAUACGGCGGUUGGAACUCUAGUGGGUCCAGUCUAGCAGCGCGUGUUUCUCAUCCAAGCUCAUCUUCCAUAUAGCAAGCGAUUCAGUGUAACAUCGUACGUCAAGUCUGGUCACCGCAGAAGCGUCGCUGAUCGUUCUCGUCCCGCUGCACAGUGUGAUGGCUUGUGAGUGUAACCGUCAAAGAC